UUGCGUGCAUAAAACUUAAUAAAGAAAAAUUCCGAUCCGCUUGAAACUCAGUGAUUUAAGUGUCGUAACCAACAUUUUCAGUUUAUAUAGUCUCGUUAAAAGUUGUUGUGCUCAAAUUAAUCGAUUAAUGGUAAAAAUGCCUGCACAACAAGCAAACUUACAUUUGUAAAUAAGUUGUAAAAUGAAAGUUGACCGUUUGAGUGAACAUUAAUUUUGAAUCAUACUUAAGUACUUUUCAAUUGUUGCAACUGAUAUGAGCUCAAAAUGACUCUAACACCAGUAGAUCUAGACUCGGAUAUAUGUUUUUUGUUUGAAAAAAAUAAAAACGAGGAUAAGGAGCCUCCCAUAUACUAUACGGUAGAGUCGGAUGAUGAUAAUGCAGGGCCUGCCGUUGUCAAUGAGCAAAAUAUCUCCAAGAACCCUGCCUACGAUUCAACAAACCAUGAAAACAGUAACAGUAACUGUAGUACUAAUGUAGACGUAUUCACUGCUAAAAACGUAAAAUCCGAAGAUGUUGGCAAAAACAGAUAUUCCUCGAGCGUGGAUGAGGAGUACUUAAGUGACGACGAUAGCGACGGCGCUGCGGGAGAAUCGGACGACAAUGCCGAUGAAUCCUUGGGCUACAAGUUUCCCUUCGAGUACUUGAGGCAGCACUGCAACAAGUGCAACAAGUUGAUAACUCGGCACAAGAAUCAGAGCCUAAAAAAGUGUAUGACAUGUGGGUCGCUGCUGCUCUUUGAGUGUGUGAUAUGCAAGCGAAGGUACAAGAAGAACAGCAACAUCUUCAGUCAUCUGAAGACGAAAUACGACUGCAGGAACAAGCCAGACUUGCACUGCUCGAUCUGCGACUACACAAACAUUCACAAGGGCUUCAUGAAGAAUCACAUGGAAAAGAGGCACGCGGGUGGCGUUGACGAGCUGAUAUCGUGCAGCAAAUGUGGCAGGCAUUUCAAACGAGCCUACAAUGCCGAAGAGCAUGAGCUAUCGUGUGGUGGAGUGCCGUAUCUCGAGUGCAUGUACUGUGACUUCAAGACUACUUACAGGAUCAGCUUUAAGGUGCACAAGUCCCAACACAUCGUUAGUCCUGAGAACGGCGCUGCUCUGGUCAAUGAGAAUUUCGAGGUGGUCAGUGUCGACCCACUCAUGGACAAUCCCAUCAUUUGGACUCCAGGUUCAUCGAAAGAAAUAACAAAUGAAAUUAGAAAAAAGACCAACAGUCAGGAUGAAACUGAAAAUGUCCAAAUUAUUGAUUUAAUCUGCCGCAACAUGAUUAAGAUGUACUGCUACAAGUGCAAAGAGACAACGAUUAUAAAAAACAAAAAGCACACCAAAUGCUUAAAGUGUACAACUGAACUGCUACACCAGUGUGGCUUGUGCAACAGUAAGUUUGUCACCUAUCAUAAUAUACUGCGCCACUUCAAGGAUCGUCAUUCCAAUGACAACAUAAAGAAUAUCUAUGUAUGUGGCAUCUGUGAGAAGAAGUACGACAGCUUCAAGAAGCUAUCACGCCACGAGACCUUCUGCUCGCGAACUCUGCGUUGUGCCAUGUGUCCCUUUACAGCCAAGAUGCCCAAUGUUCUGAAAAGGCAUUGUCAGAAGUGGCAUUUUGGACCGGACAAGAAUUCACAUCAGCCUUGCCUGAAGUGUGGGAGGCAAAAGAGGGCCUUCAAAAGUGUGAAUUCAGAUUUCUGUAGUAAUUGCGCGUGAAGAUGAAUCAUGUGAUCAAGUAAUUGUAUUACUUGGAAUUUUUGUUAUCUAAAUUCAUGGAUCAGUAGAAAUAUCGUGUUUUUCUAGCUGUUUUCAUAUUUUCUUUUUUUCUUAAACACUCUGUUAACCUCGAUCUUUAGACUCUUGCUGCAUUGGCAACUGUUGAAUGCUAAAUUUAUGGUCACGUUAACUCAAUUUUGUAAAACAAUGUGAUACGGAUGAUGUUCCAAACACAAUUUGGUUCGAUCGAAGGAAAGAAGAUAAUGCUUUACAAUUCUUACACAAUCAAUGGUAUUCGAUGGCCAGAUUUAUAUUAAAAAAUUUCUGUUAACAUUAUCAUCAAUGAUAAAUACUAGAGCAAGGUCAUGCACAGCUCAUGAUAAAUAUUUUUCCCUAAAUGAUGAGUGCCAUUAUAGAUUUAUUUAAAAACCAUGUG